AUGUCAUCCGCAUACGAUGUAGAGUCGAAUCGGUACACUCAAGUGAGGACUGGAUCCGCCUACGUCAAACCUUCAAAAUACGGAAGGUACUUUCCCAAUAAACUAUUCAAGAAGAAAAUCACCACCUAUAUAAUCGGGACAGCCUUGAUCUUGGGAGUAUAUCUGUACUUGAAUGGAAGUCUGGGUACGUGGAAGAGAGAUAUCGGAUAUAUAACGAGACCGUUAUGGGAUAAACCUGAAUCAGGAUGGAACCAUAUAUCUCAAUAUCCACCACCGGGAGAUCCUAAAGAUGAGAAAGUUAGAAGGAAAUGGUGUGAUCUACAUAGAUGGAAAGCUAGAAGUACGGUAGAACCACUACCGAGGAUCAUCGAUGCGGUCCUGUUAUCAAGUGAGAUAGAUAUGCUAGAAAUCAGAAUGAGGGAAUAUGAGCCAUACGUAUCGAAAUUCCUAAUUGUAGAAUCGAAUAUGACUUUCUCAGGUCAACCCAAACCUACCUAUUUCCAAGAUAAUCGGCAUAGAUUUGAUUUCAUACCUAAAGAUAAAAUACAAUAUCACCUAAUUACAAAUUUUGAAGCGAACUUACCACUUGGAUCAUUUGAUAAUGAGAUCAAACAGCGAACCAAGAUAGGAAAUGAGUUGAGGAAUUUAGCUGAUAAAGGUGAAAUCAGAAAAGGAGAUAUGAUCUUGCAAUCGGAUGUAGAUGAGAUCAUCUCACGUCAAACAUUACAACUACUACAAACGUGUUCAUCAGUCCCUUCACCCCUUCAUCUCAAUGUCGACAAUUAUCGAUAUUCAUUCGAAUUCCCUUUGAAUGACGGUGGAUAUUUUCGACCGAAGAUCGUCACCUAUAACAACCCAGAUUCGUUGGCGUAUAAUCAUGGAAGAAAGGGAAAUCACUUAUUAGGAGGAUCAGGCUGGCACUGCUCUUUCUGCUUUGCUACUCUGUCCGAGAUAAAGGGGAAAAUGAUAGGAUAUAGUCAUAAUGAUAGAAUGAGGCAUAAAGGUCUGACAGAUAUGAAUAGAUUGAGAAAGACGGUUUGUGAAGGGAAGGAUCCAUUCGAUAUGUAUCCUGAAGCAUUCUCUUUCAAGGAUAUCAUCGCUCAAUCUGGCAAACCCCGAAGAGCAGGUUCUUACCAUCAUGUCCCUAUCGCACUAAAGGAAGACCCUGAUAGGUUCAGGUAUCUACUCGAUGGAGGUUGCGAUAGACCGGAAUAA